AUGAGUAGCAGUACCACUCGCAGCAGCACUAGCGCAACCAGCAGCUCCACUGUGACCAGCGCGACGGAAACCAGCAGUACCACAGUAAGCAGCACGACCGGCACCAGCAGUACCACUGUGACCAGCGUGACGGGCACCAGCAGCACCACGCGCAGCAGUACAAGCGCAACGAGCAGCACCACUGCGUCCAGCACGACGGAAACCAGUAGCACAACCAGGAGCAGCGUGACGUACACCAGCAGUACAACCCGUAGCAGCACGAGUGAAACAAGCAGUUCCACUGUGACCAGCACGACGGGCACUAGCAGCACCACUGUGACCAGCACGACGCUCACCAGCAGUACCACUCGCAGCAGCGCGACUGCAACCAGCAGCACCACCGUUACCAGCACAUCGGAGACGAGCAGCACCAGUGUGUCCAGCACGACGGGCUCCAGCAGUACCACUCGGAGCAGCACCAGCGCAACGAGCAGCACUACCGUGUCCAGCACGACUGGCACCAGCAGCACAACCUGGAGCAGCACGACGGACACCAGCAGUACUACCCGUACAGCACGAGUGAAACAAGCAGUACCACCGUGA